AUGAAGUACAUACUAGUGACUGGUGGAGUAAUUAGCGGUAUUGGCAAGGGAGUUAUUGCAAGUUCAUUUGGGACAAUAUUGAAAGAAUGCGGAAUUGCUGUGACGUCGAUUAAAAUUGAUCCGUAUAUUAAUAUUGAUGCUGGAACAUUUUCUCCGUAUGAGCAUGAAGUGGACCUUGACCUCGGUAACUACGAGCGUUUCCUAGACAUAACCCUGCACCGUGACAAUAACAUAACCACCGGCAAGGUGUACCAGCAUGUCAUCAACAAGGAGCGCCACGGCGACUACCUCGGCAAAACAGUUCAAGUGGUGCCUCACAUAACCGACUGCAUCCAAGAAUGGGUUGAAAGAGUCUCCCAGCAACCGGUAACAGAGUCCAACAGCCAACCUCGGGUCUGUGUAAUAGAACUCGGUGGUACAAUCGGAGACAUAGAGGGCAUGCCGUUCGUAGAAGCGUUCCGUCAGUUCCAGUUCCGCGUCAAGAAGGAGAACUUCUGCGUGGCGCACGUGUCACUAGUUCCUCAACCACGGAGCACAGGCGAGCCUAAAACAAAGCCAACCCAAGCUUCAGUUCGGGAACUUCGCGGCCUGGGCCUAUCACCUGAUUUGAUAGUCUGCCGCUCGGAGCAGCCAAUCGGUCCCUCAGUCAAGGACAAAGUGUCUAACUUCUGCCACGUGGCUCCAGAACAAGUCAUCACAAUCCACGACCUCAGCUCCAUCUAUCGUGUUCCAUUAUUAAUGGAGUCUCAAGGAGUCAUUGAGUUCCUCAACGAGCGGCUGCAGCUGGAUCUUCCUCACGUGGGGCCAGAAAGACCCAGGAGUUUCAUGCGCAAGUGGCGCGACCUAUCGGACAGAUUUGACCACCUGAGAAAAAAAGUCAAUAUCGCUCUUGUUGGGAAAUAUACUAAGCUAGAGGACGCUUAUGCUUCUGUUACUAAAGCGCUGCAGCAUGCGAGCUUAGAAGUGGGUUAUAAAUUAAAUUUAACUUACAUUGAAGCGGCUAAUUUGGAGAAUGCAACUCUUGCGGAUAAUCCUGUGCUUUAUCACGAGGCCUGGCAAAAGUUGUGCAAGAGCGAUGGAGUUAUUGUACCCGGAGGGUUUGGCAAAAGGGGAAUUGAGGGGAAAAUUUCAGCUUGCAAGUGGUGCAGAGUCAAUUCUAAACCGAUGUUGGGAAUUUGUCUGGGAUUGCAAGUCGCUGUUAUUGAAUUCGCGAGGAAUGUUUUGGGACUGGAAGCUGCUAAUAAAUCAACACCAUCUGUGAUAAAAGCCCUAUACGGAAACGUCGACGGAGUAGAAGAGCGACAUCGCCACAGGUACGAAGUAAACCCAGUGUUUGUGAGCAACCUCGAAGCCGCGGGGCUUAAAUUUGUCGGCCAGGACACAACCGGCCAGAGGAUGGAGAUAAUUGAAUUAGAAGGUCACGAUUAUUAUGUAGCUACUCAGUAUCAUCCUGAGUACUUGUCCAGGCCAAUGAAACCCUCAGCGCCAUUCUUAGGUCUGAUUUUAGCUAGUGUUGGGAAACUUAAGAGCUACUUAGCAAAAGGGUGCCGACUUACCCCCAGGAACUUGAGCGACAAUGACAGUGAUGAGGAGGACAAGAAAAUUGUCAAGGCCAAGGAGACUAAGUCAGAUUAA